CUGUGUAACUGCAUUGCUCCGGCAUCCCACCGCCAAGUAACCUAUUGCCCCGAACUUUAAAUGUCGGAGCUCUUCCCACAGGUAACAGGGAUAGUCGCAUAACAAGCAAAACUACGACAACGGCGAACGGGACGUGACUGGACCAAAGCGAUUCACAACAAAGUACCUUGACAAUGGGUUUUCCGGAUAAGGCAGAGCGAGCCAAGUGCUGGACCACGCGGGACGAGUAUUGGAAGUGCUUGGACGCCAGUGCGCCCAAGCACAGCUCCACGAGCGGUGAAAAAGUUCCCAACGCCUGUAAAGAUUUGCGCAAGGCCUUCGAGCAGUCCUGCCCCGGCCAGUGGGUGAAGCACUUUGACCGCAAACGUACUUACGAGCAGUUCAAGGAAAAGAUGGCCACCGGCUACGACCCGCUGGAGGAGCGUGCCACAGGCGAGAAGACAGCGAAAUAAAAGCCGGCACCGGCAUGGGUCGGGUCAUUUUUAGUCGAUCGGUUGUUACGCUAUUUUUUUUUAUCGUUAUAGUGUAGUAUAUAUUAACGAAAAAAAAUACAAACUAUUUACAUAUAUGGUCUACA